AUGGCACCACCCUUCCACGCAGAGCAAAUUGGCUCUCUCAUGCGCCCAGAAGAGCUACUAAAUGCACGUUUAGCCGCCGGCGCGACAGCUUCCUACUCAGAAACGUCAGAAGAACUACAUCGCGCAACCGAGGUAGCUAUUGCACAGGCAGUAACCAAGCAAAUUGAACUAGGAAUCAGACCGAUUACAUCAGGAGAAUAUGGACGCGACAAAUUCUACUCGGGGUUCUUUGAGAAGCUUGCCGGAAUGCAGGUUGUCAAAGAUAUUCCCGUCGCGAAUGGACUGAGAACGGGAUUUCCUACCGUCAAGGCACUGCAGAAGCUUGGUAUAACGACUCGAGACUCCGUGGUUGCCGUGGAUAAAAUUUCACAUACGGAGAGUGCCUAUCUGUCUGAAUGGAAGGCCUUGAGUGCCCUUCUCCCGCCGGCGAGAUGGAGAGAGUGCAAGUUGACUAUGCCGCCUAUUACUCAUCUUCAUAUGCAGAUGGCCGUUGGUACUGCCUAUAGCGCGAGCGCAUACACCUCCGACGAGGAAUACUUCCGAGAUCUGGCAGCAGCGUAUGAAGUCGAAUGGCGGAUCUUGUACGAUGCAGGUCUGCGCUCGAUCCAGAUUGAUGAUCCUAAUCUUCUAUUCUUUGUCUGUGAAGAGUUCAGAUCUGGAUGUGAGGCCGACGGAAUCGAUCCUGAUGCCUUGCUGGAUCAGUAUAUUUGGGCACAUAAUCUGUGCCUCGCUUCCAAGCCGAAAGACCUCCAUGUGGGCAUCCAUCUGUGUCGUGGUAACAUGGCUGGGUCUACGCAUAUAAUGAGUGGUUCUUAUGAGCGCAUCGCCGAGAAGAUGUUCAGUCAGCUCAACUAUGAUACUUACUACCUUGAGUAUGAUACCGAACGAGCUGGGGACUUUGAACCCCUUCGGCAUUUGCCUGUUGGGAAGAACGUCGUGCUUGGCGUUGUUUCGACGAAGAGUCCUGAGUUGGAGGAUGUUGAGGAGAUGACUGCGCGUGUUUAUGCUGCUGCUGAAAUUAUCGCGCGCGGACAAUGUCGCACUGUGGCUGAUGUUCUUGAUUCUUCUAUGGGAGUUAGUCCGCAGUGUGGGUUUGCUAGUAUGAGUAAAGGGGGCGGGCAAGGAAUGACGGAGGAUUUGAUGUGGAAGAAGUUGGUGCUGGUGAAGGAAUUGGCACAUCGGGUUUGGGGUGAGAAUCGUGUGCCCUGA